CCGCGGAAGUGGAGGCCGGCGGGCAGGCGGUCGAGCCAGGAGACUGAAAGUUGUGGAAGCAUAACUUGUGGCAUAGGUGUCUUUUGAGGAAGCAGCCAUUUAUGAUUCUGGAAGAUUAAGGCAAGAGAGGAAGCCCCAUCUGAGAUUUUAACCAACCUUUCAAACAGCAGACUACACCAUGGACACGAAGCUGGACCCUUCCAGAGAUGAUCUGCCUCUUAUGGCCAACACCAGCCACAUGCUUGUGAAGCACUAUGUGCUGGAUUUAGACGUGAACUUUGAAAGUCAGACCAUUGAGGGCACCAUAGUGCUUUUCUUUGAGGAUGGAAACCAAGUCAAGAAACAAACUAGUUCCACCGAGGAAACCUGCCAGUUGGAGUCAAGUGAAGCCUGCACAUUUAGGGCACCUGAGCCCUGCCAUAUUCCUGCAACAAAUGCAAGGACCGUAGCAUCUAAAUUGGGAUAUAAUGAUUUUGCAAUCUGUGAUAAAGGUGAAAAAGAUACUUUUGAUAAAGAUGGUAACCAUGACAACCAGGAACAGGCUUCUGGUAUCUCUAGCUCAGAGUACUGCUGUGACACAAGGAACCAUGGGAGAGAGGGUUUUUUGCUGGUGUUGGACUGUUGUGAUUUGUCUGUGUUAAAGGUCGAGGAGGUGGAUGUUGCUGCUGUGCCAGGUAUUGAAAAAUUUACAAGGUCUUCCAAGCUCUCAGUUAUUUCUGAGGAGCUCAGGAAUGAGGUUGUUGGUGAACUUGUGACUCUGCCUGCGGAUCGUUGGAGGGAGCAGCUGGAUUAUUAUGCUCGCUGUGGCCAGGCUCCUGGCUGUGGGGAACUGUUCUUUGACACUGAUACUUGGAGCUUACAGAUCAGGAAGCCAGGGGCUUUGACGGCUUCUGAUUUCCCUCAUGCCAUCAGGAUAUGGUACAAGACCAAACCCGAGGGGCGGUCAGUUGCUUGGACCUCAGACCAGAGUGGCAGGCCAUGUGUUUAUACUGUGGGAUCUCCCAUAAACAACAGGGCCCUUUUUCCGUGCCAGGAGCCACCCGUUGCCAUGUCAACAUGGCAGGCUACAGUUCGAGCAGCUGCAUCUUUUGUUGUUUUAAUGAGUGGGGAAAAUUCUGCCAAGCCAACACAGCUUCGGGAAGGGUGCUCAAGCUGGCAUUACUACGUAACCAUGCCAAUGCCCGCUGCCACCCUCACAAUUGCGGUGGGAUGCUGGACAGAAAUAAAGCUGGAGAAGGAUCUGGUGACAGAACGACCCUUCUCAUCUUCCGAGGCCAACUUCAGGUGUGCUGGUGUUUGUGGUCACGUGGAAUACCCCUGCCGCUUCCAGAAUGCCUCUGCCACUGCCCAGGAGGUCAUUCCUCACCGAGUCUUUGUCCCGAUGUGCCUCCGGGAUGUCUGCCAAGAGACCCUUCUGCCUCUGAUCCCUCCUUGCCUCUCAGCUGCACACUCUGUCCUGGGAACACACCCAUUCUCCCGGCUGGAUAUACUCAUUGUCCCUGCUAACUUUUCAAGUCUGGGGAUGGCCAGCCCACACAUCAUCUUCCUCUCUCAGAGCACCUUGACAGGCAUGAACCACCUCUGUGGAACGCGUCUCUGCCAUGAAAUUGCUCACGCCUGGUUUGGCCUUGCCAUCGGGGCCCGGGACUGGACAGAGGAGUGGCUCAGCGAAGGCUUCGCCACUCACUUGGAAGAUGUGUUCUGGACCAAAGCACAGCAGCUGUCACCCCACGAGGCCCAGGAGCAACAGGAGCUGAGAGCCUGCCUGCGCUGGCGUCGCCUCCAGGACGAGCUGCGGAACUCCCCGGAGGAGAUGCAGGUGUUGAGACCCAGUAAAGAGAAAACUGGCCAGGUGAGCGACUCGGGAGCAUCUGUGGUCAAACAUGGACUCAACCCUGAGAAGAUCUUCAUGCAGGUUCAUUAUCUAAAGGGCUACUUUCUUCUUCGGUUCCUUGCCAAAAGACUUGGAAAUGAAACCUAUUUUUCAUUUUUAAGAAAAUUUGUACACACGUUUCAUGGACAGUUGAUUCUCUCCCAGGAUUUCCUUCAAAUGCUGCUGGAGAGCAUCCCAGAAGAAAAAAGGCAGGAUCUAUCUGUUGAAAACAUCUUCCGAGACUGGCUUGAGAGUUCUGGAAUGCCAAAGCCUCUGCAGAGCGAGAGCCAGGCCGGGGCGGAGUGCGGGCUCGCGCGGCAGGUGAGCGCCGAGGUGACAAAAUGGAUUCGAGUGAACCGCAGACCCCGAAAACGGCGGCGAAGGGAGAAAAACGAGGUGUUUGAAAAGCUCCUUCCGGACCAGCUGGUCUUGCUUCUAGAGCAUCUCUUGGAGCAGAAGACUUUGAAGCCCCAAACUCUGCAGAGCCUCCAGAGGACAUACCGCCUCCAGGAACAGGAUGCAGAGGUCCGCCACCGGUGGUGCGAGCUCGUGGUGAAGCACAGGCACGCCCAGGCGCACAGGCACGUGGAGAGGUUCCUUCUGGAGGACCAGGCCAUGGGCGUGUACCUGUACGGGGAGCUGAUGGUGAGCGAGGAUGCCCGGCAGCAGCAGCUGGCCCGCAGGUGCUUCGAGCUGGCCAAGGUGCAGAUGGAUGGACCCUCAGCCGAUGUGGUAGCCCAGAUGCUGUUCUAAAGAGGAAAGAUCACAGGUUCUCUGACACGUCUCCUCCCAGCCCUGGUGGGACCAGGAUCGCCUUGACCCUGGACAUCAAAGGAGGGGCUGGGGGCUGCUAAAGCCGUCAGUCGACAACACCGUGCAUCUCGCCGCACCCUCUGUCCAGAGCAGGGCUCUGCUGAGUCCAUGCAGCGGAGGGUCCUUUCGGACACAGUCCCCACCUUUGAGGUGUGGAGUCCGUGUGGCAGAGCUGGGCCUCUUGCCUUCCAGCCGUGGAUGGUCUGGGACACAUGGCAGAGCUGAUGCCAGCCUCUCUGCCGGUGGCUGCGCCCAGAGGUUCCUGUGAUUCCCGAGAGGCACAUCUUGCGCACACGGGCCUGGCCAGCACCCCUGGCUUCCUCUCCUGGGCGAGUCCCGGAAGAUUCUGCAGAUCGUUUUGUCGAUGUGUCUAAUAUUCAGAUUUUUGAAAAAUUUUCAUACUUUUUUUGUAAAAAUGCAGGAUAAGAAUCUUAGGCGUAUUAAUAAAAUGUGAAGGAUUUGGU